GGAGAUGCUGAGCCCGGACACCAAGGCGGUGAAGGUCGAGACCCUGCAGUCGUCCUUCGGCGCGGCGCUGGGCGCCGCGGGCGCCGACGCCUCCUCUGCGGGCGAGGACCUGAAGCUGAAGGGCGGCAGGGUCGUCGGGCAGGUUGGCGCGGAUUUCGGCGGCGAGGCCGCCGAGGGAGAGGAGGGCUUGGUCGAGGAGGGCAAGGCGGGCCGCCCGGAGCCCUCCGCUGGCGGGCCCGAGGCCGCCGAGCCCGCCGCGGACCCCCCGGCGAGGCCCGGGGAGGUGGAGGACCCCAGCCUCACGGCCCUCGUGCCGGGCACCGCCGAGGAGAAGGACAAGGGCAAGGGCAAGGACAAGGACAAGGGCAAGGGCAAGGGAAAGGAGGGCGGCAAGGGCAAGACGGGUCAGGUUACGUGGGAGUUCCGGCACAAAGACCAUUGGUCGCCCUUCCAAGGCAACUGCCAGAAGUUUAUCGAGGAGAGGUACCAGGCCUACAAAUACGCAGGCGGCAGGGACCACAUCGACAGGGUGAUGGCUGGCAAGGUCACGUUCAAGCUAAGGUUCUCAGAGCCGAUGCAGUCCCAGGUGACCUCCAUUGAGGGCAAGUCUGUCGACAGGCCUUGGGCGGACGUGCGGCGAUCGGUGUGGUAGAGAUCGCGCAGAGGGCCGCGCCGCGUCGGUCACGCAGAGCCCGUGGCCCGGGUGCCGCGCUGCCUGCCCGCCUGCCCCUCCCGUGCUGUUUCACCCCGCUCCGGGCGGCCGGGGCGGCCCGUGAUCGCCUCGCCCGGGAGGCAGCAGUCGAAGACGCCUCCAGCGAGUCACCGCCGCCUCCUGCCUUCGGAGAGAGCCAGUGCGGCGGAGCGUCGGGCGUCGGCGCGGCAGGGCCAGGGGGCCGCGUGCCACUCGAGCUGUGCCAGGGAGCGCUGGCGAGGGUGCCUCUCUGGGGCCGUCUUGGGGGAUGAGUUGGUGAUCUCUCUGGGCCUCUCGGCAGCCCACCGCGCAACCCACCGCCACGCAACCCGCCGUGCAAGCCGGGAACGACCGGACCCUGCUCCAGAGGACACCAGCUCUUCCUGGAGCGCCAGGCCUUCCCUGGCAGCCGCGGCCCUGGGGCCACCCGGGGCCAGAGCCGUCCCCCGCCAGCGCCCAACGCCGCGCCGUGCCAGGUCGCGCGGCGGCCCCCCGCUCGUGCUCGCCGCCAGCCCAGUGGGCCAGUUGGGCGCGCGCCGGCAGCGGGGUGCCGGCCAGGGCGAGGGCCGGCUUUUCCUUCGCACCCGCCGCGGCCGAAACGGGGCCGCCUCGUCUGUGGCUUCUGCCGCGUGUAGCCCCUGCCCUCACAUGGAAGGAAUACGACCGUUGAGAGGCAAGAUCUCGCGCGUCUGCAUGCGCGUGUGAGCGCGCUCAGACCGCUGUGGCCACGCAAAAGGCUGCGUCCUCUUCUCCCUCUGGGUAACUUUCCUCCGC